AUGGAGACAAAGCCCAUUCAUGGUCUCCGGUAUUCAAGGUCCAGCCUGAUUGCAUUGAGACAUUCAAGAUGUGCUAAGGUCACACCAUCAGCAGAUGUACUAUCCCUACUGAAGGAAAAUGGCAUUCUGAGGUAUCGAGGUUGCCGAGCUGGUAACAGAGCAAGAAGGAAACAACUAGUGAGGUCAACGGGAAUUGACUCUUCCAAUGUUGUUAUUGAUGCAAAUGUCGGAAAUGAAACAUUACAGCAUGUAUGUCACUGGAAUGCUCGCUCACUGAGACAUAAAUCUCUUCUUCUUCAAGACUAUGUCAUCACCAACGAAGUUGAUGUAAUGUUUGUCACAGAGACAUGGCUGACUGAAAAUGAUGACGCUGUAAUUGCUGAGGUAACACCACCUGGUUAUACUUUCACCAAUGUUCCACGCACUGGCAGUCGUGGCGGAGGUGUUGGUGCUCUGGUCAGGUCUGAUCUGAAACUACAUCAAGUGACUAUUGAUCCUCAUUUUACAACAUUUGAGCACUGCAUUAUUACAGACAAAGCUCGUUCGGUGAACUAUGUUGCUGUGUACCGUCCACCACCAUCCAGCACGAAUGGUCUGAAAACAUCUACGUUCCUCGAAGAAUUUGACAGCUUCAUCGAUGACAUGAAUCAGACUCCUGGGAAGCUACUGCUUUUAGGUGAUUUGAAUGUCCAUUAUGACUGUCCCGAGAGACAUGAUGUCGCACGCGUUGUAGAUACGCUGAAAUCCGCAGGACUCAAGCAGUACAUAUCAAAGCCAACUCAUCGACACGGCCAUACAUUGGAUGUAGUGAUUGCGAGGGAAGAUGAGAAUCUUCUCUGUUCCAUACGUACAGAUCCGAGCCUCAUGUCCGACCAUGUAGCCGUGAGCUGCAUGAUCCGUGGUGAAAGACCAUCUACAGAUGAACGGCCACAGGAAUAUCGCAAAUUCAGCAACAUUGAUCACACGUUGUUUGCCGAUGAUCUUGCCAGUUUCCUUGACAAUCAACCCUUGGCGGAGGAUGUAAACAGUUGCGUGCUCAAUCUUGACAGAGACAUGGAGCGUGUCCUGGAUAUCCAUGCGCCUGUAUGUCUCCGCACCACGCAAGUUCGUCACAGGCCAAAGUGGUACAACGAAGAAGUUGAUGCUGCAAGACGUGAACGCAGAAGACAGGAGCGGAAAUGGCGUAAAUCCCUUAAAGUCAAUCCCGAUAGCGAUCGAUCGGCCUACUGUGAAGCUAAAGCUGCUGCAGCUGAAGCUCUGUCAAGGGCUAAACGGUUCUACUACAAUGACCUGUUUUCUGAAAGUACUCCAAAGGACAUGUAUAGAGAACUGAAGCAUCUUCUGAAUAAGAGUAAACGAUUUCUCCCAGAUGCUGAUUCAUCAGUUGAGCUUGCCUCUACAUUCUGCACAUUCUUCAGUGAGAAGAUCAGAGACUUGCGGAGAUGUAUAGAUGACUUAAACGUUGACGAAUUGGACAAUCCAAAUGGUAUGGCAAUCUCAGCCCCUUCAUUCGUGGAGUUCCAGUUGGUCACAUCAGAGGAGGUUCAGAGGCUGAUCAAACGCUCACCCAACAAGACAUGUCCUUUGGAUCCUCUUCCAACGUGGCUCCUGAAGCGUCACCUUCCUGUUUUGCUGCCAAAGCUGACGCAUAUCAUCAACGCAUCGUUGGCAUCAGGCGAUUUUCCAUCAUCUCUAGGUGUUGCAUCUGUGACACCAGUCUUGAAGAAGCCAGGACUUGACAAAGAAAGAAUGAAAAACUACAGGCCAUUUCGAACAUAA